CCUAGCUAACUUUGAUGUUUAUAGCGUGACACGAGAUAGAGAAAUAAUAUUUAAAAAAGAUUUUUGAAGAAGACUAUAGAAGACAAUUUAAAGGUGUUGUUUGAUUUACAUUGUCAAAGCAAUUUUUGAAGAAGACUAUAGAAGACAUUUUAAAGGUGUUGUUUGAUUUACAUUGUCAAAGCACAUUAUAUUUUGCAAUUUAAACCUUGUUGGUUCGCAUCUAUAGCUGGUAUCUACGCAUUACCAAUAGAGUGAUGCCACGUAAAUCAAAAAAGAGCAAAGCCUCCAUAGCCAAAGAACAAAAACUUAGAAUGAGAGAAAGAAGGUUGGCAGAGGAGGCUUUGCAGCAGUCUACUGAUAUUGAUAAAAUUGAAGGAGAAAGCACUGAGAAUGGUUAUCCUGAAGGAGAAAACACUGUUGAUGAAUUUACUGUCAAUAAAAUUGAAAGAAAUGACACUGUUAAUGAUUUAACUGGGCAAACUGAUGCCAAUAACACUGAACAGUAUCACACUGAUAAUGAAUUGACUGUUAACUCUGUUGUCAAUAAAACUGAAAGUAAUCACACUGAUAAUGAAUUGACUGUUAACUCUGUUGUCAAUAAAAGAAAUCACACUGAUAAUGAAUUGACUGUUAACUCUGUUGUCAAUAAAAGAAAUCACACUGAUAAUGAAUUGACUGUUAACUCUGUUGUCAAUAAAAGAAAUCACACUGAUAAUGAAUUGACUGUUAACUCUGUUGUCAAUACCACUGAUAGAAAUCACACUGAUAAUGAAUUGACUGUUAACUCUGUUGUCAAUAACACUGAUAGAAAUCACACUGAUUAUGAAUUGACUGUUAACUCUGUUGUCAAUAAAAGAAAUCACACUGAUAAUGAAUUGACUGUUAACUCUGUUGUCAAUAAAACUGGUAGUAAUCACACUGAUAAUGAAUUAACUGUUAACUCUGUUGUCAAUAAAAUUGAAAGAAAUCACACUGUUAAUAUUUCAACUGGACAUACUGUUGCCAUUACCACUGAACAGGUUCACCAUGAUCACACUGUGUAUGAAUUGACUGUUCCUUCUGUUGUCAAUAAAACUAAUUGCAAUCACACUGUUAAUGAUUUAACUGGGCAUAUUGUUGCCAAUACCACUGAACAGUAUCAAACUGUUAAUGAAUUGACUGCUCCUUCUGUUGACUGCAACAUACAUUUAGUUAAGACUAAUUUGAACAAUUCAGAAUUGAGUAAACUAAAACGUUAUUCAGAUUCAAUCAACAAUCAGUUAGAAAACAAACAGGCAUGUCUGGGUAGAAAUAAUAAAAAUUACAUUGAUAAUAAAGCAGACAAAUCUGUAGAUUCCAAUUUAUGGAAAGGUGAACAGAAAACAGGUAUGCAUGCAAAUAUCAGGUUUGAAAAUCCGGUAGUUUUAUAUGAUUUAUCAAGAUCACAAGUAACACGAGAAGGAAAUAAUCUACUCAUUCAGGGUAGUUUCCAUCAAGGAAAUACCAGGUUUGGUGAAAACGCUGGGAAACAAUGUGUUAGUAAUUGUUUAUCUGCAAUAGUGCAUAGUAAACUGAAACCAGUUUGUGCAUGGAACAAGUUAUAUCUCGACAAUAUACUCAUUGAAGGUAACGAUAUUUAUACAUCUGUGCACGGUACUAAUAAUUAUCUCUGUGUGGAAGACCUUCCAGAAUUUGUAGAUCUUAGAAAUCGUAUUAUUCAUUGUCACAAGAAACGUUCCAUUUGUGCAUUUGUACAUGACGUUGACCCAGAUUUUGAUGGCGUUUUACCCUUAGACCAAGCCCUGCAAUAUGCAUUAAUAGACUCAGAUGGAUGCUUUGUUACUGUAAGAGCAACAACAUCAUUAGUAAUAAAGCAGAAUAACAAAAUAUAUAUGUUUGAUUCUCAUGCAAGAAAUCGUUUUGGUUUAGUAGAUAAUUAUGGUUCUAGUAUUGUAUUUGAACUUCCUGACAUUCAAGCUGUUUACCAACACUUCUGUAAUUUUGUUCAGGGUGAUCAAUCUGUACCUUUUGAUGUAACAGGAAUUACUGUUGCAAUACAAGACACAGUUGACAGUAGUGUAAAUAUGACAUUGCAAGAUAAUAUGCAACAUAUUGAAACACAAGAUAGUGUACCAAUACUAGGUUAUUUAGAUAAUAAGCAUAAUAUUGAAGAAAAUGAGACUAACGAAGAAACAAUCGACAAAUUAAAGGGAGGAUUGUGGAAAAAUACCAAAAGACUUGUAUCUGAUCUUUCAAAUGACAUUGAAUCAGACAUAUUAAUGGACAUAUCACACAAUGUAUCAGAUGACAUUGAAUCCGACAGGUUAAUGGACAUAUCAGAUGACAUGGAAUCAGUAGAUUUUUCAAAGGUAGGGUCUCCAUGUACAUUUAUUAAAGAAGAUGAAGUUUCUGAUAUAGAAAUAAUGUCUGAUUGUAGAUCCAAUUAUUCCUUUAAGCCAUUAGAUUUCUGUUCUAAAAGGAAACUCUGUGGAAUAUUGAAUAUAUCUUCAAAAGAAGUGAAUAAAAACAUGUGCAGUUCAGAAUCGUGUAAUAUUGGCCAUCCCUCUGAAACAAAGUCCAUCAUAGCAGAUGGAAACUGUCUCUUUAGAGCAAUAUCUUACGCUGUUUCACAUACACAAAUAUUCCAUGAAAAGGUUAGACAAGACAUAAUUAAGCAUAGCUUGAGCAUUUCAAAUCAUUUGACUAGUCUAUUAGAAAACCAAUAUGGUACAGUAGAAGAACAUAUAAGUGGUCGAAAAAUGAGAGAGAACAAUUCAUGGGGAACUGCAUUGGAAAUAAUCGCUGCAGCAGACCUUCUAAAAACGGAUAUUUAUACGUUUUAUAAUGGAGUAUGGAUAAAGUAUUCAUCGUCUCAAAUUUUUACAAAUAGUGAAAUAAAUGAACGUGCAAUCUAUCUUCGACACAUCGGAGACUUACAACACUAUGAGGUUGUAUUAUCAGUUUUACCAGAGAUGGACAUACCACUCGAAAGUAAUAGAGUUGCAACGAAAAGGAAAUGUGAGCAAAAUGAUUUAUUUGUUUCAAAGAAACACAAAAAACAAGAUCAACGGGUUAGUAGUCUAAAUAAUGAAAACAAUUCUUCUGUUAAAUCGUCACAGAAAGAAAUGCAUUCAGCGAAACAGGCAAGCAUCCACAAAUAUGCUACUGACAAUGAACACCAAGAUAGAAUCAAACAGGCAAGCAUUCACAAGUAUGCUACUGAUGAUGAAUAUCAAAAUAAGGUGAAACAGGCAAGCAUUCACAAGUAUGCUACUGAUGAUGAAUAUCAAAAUAAGGUGAAACAGGCAAGCAUUCACAAGUAUGCUACUGAUGAUGAAUAUCAAAAUAAAGUGAAACAGGCAAGCAUUCACAAGUAUGCUACUGAUGAUGAAUAUCAAAACAAGGUGAAACAGGCAAGCAUUCACAAGUAUGCUACUGAUGAUGAAUAUCAAAACAAGGUGAAACAGGCAAGCAUUCACAAGUAUGCUACUGAUGAUGAAUAUCAAAAUAAGGUGAAACAGGCAAGCAUUCACAAGUAUGCUACUGAUGAUGAAUAUCAAAACAAUGUGAAACAGGCAAGCAUUCACAAGUAUGCUACUGAUGAUGAAUAUCAAAGUAAGGUGAAACAGGCAAGCAUUCACAAGUAUGCUACUGAUGAUGAACAUCGAAAGAAUGUUAAAAGUCAGACUUUGUCUAAAAGAAUUCUUUCUAAAGAAGAAGGAAAAGACAUGUCAAAAGUUAUUGAAAAAUUUAAGAAAGAUGUAUGUGAAGGACCUGAAUACAUUUGUGCUUGCUGUUUUAGACUUUCAUUUCAAAAUCAAGUAAUGGAAUAUAAGAAGGAUUUGUAUCAAAAGGAUUCUGUAAAAGAUGUAGCAGACACUUGCAUUUCUGAUAAGUAUUUGCAUAAAUGUUUAGACGAAUGCGAAGAUGAAUGUAAGUAUCAAGGAACUAGUAGACAAUCCCUUUGGAUUUGUUACACAUGUCACAGAAAGAUCCUGAAAGGAAAAGUGCCUGCUGAAUCUUUUUUUAACAACCUAUUAUUAGAUGAUGUUCCUAAUGAACUUAGCAAAUUAAAUCAACUAGAACAACAUUUAAUUUCUCUUAAUAUACCUUUCAUGAAGAUAAUUGCUUUACCUAAAGGUGGCCAAAAGGCAGUUCAUGGACCAUGUGUUUGUGUACCGUCAGAUAUUUUUAAGGUAACUACUACUUUGCCUAGAUCUGAAGAUGACAAUUGUUUAGUUAAAGUGAAGCUCAAAAGGAAAUUACAGUAUAAGGGUUAUGAGGAAUAUCAAUUUGUUGAUACUAAACAUUUAGAAGAAGCAUUGCUAUUUUUAAAAGAAAAAAAUGAGUGGUAUUCAAAUAUAGUAAUCAAUGAAAAGUGGUUGAACCCUAUUCCUUUACAAAAUAACGACUGUUGCCCUGAAGUAGAGAGCAUGGACACUUCAACAACAACAAAUGAAACGCUAAAUGAUAAUUUGCAAGAUAGGUCAAGUACAGAGGAACAAACAAAUGAAGCGGAUACAUACUUAGAUGAUACUUUACAGGGCGUUCAGUUGGACACAUGUUUACAGCCUGCUGAUAUUGCACAGGAAGCUUUAGAUGCAUUGUUUGAUAAGGAAUUCAAUCUAUCACCUGCAGAGGAAAAUAACCCUGUAAGUCUUUUGAGAACAAAGGGUAUUGAAGCUCAAACGUUUCCAGUACAUUAUCCUACAGGUAAAAACACAUUGAAUGAAGAGAGAGAAGAAAAGUUAUCUUUAUUAAGAUAUUUCAAUCUGAGAUUAAUGAGUGUAGAAAACCGAUUUGCAAGAGAUACUUCUUAUAUAUUCUUUUGUCAAUAUAUGUCUGAACUAGAUAGAGUUAUGUCAAAUGUUCAAAUUUCCUUAAGGAAAGGAUCGGUGUUUUCAAAUGGAAAGAAAGUAACAGGCAAAAUGCUAUGUGAUAAAGACACAUUACAUGGGUUAUUCCGAAAAGAUGAGGCAAUAAAGUUUAUGAAACCUGUAAGAGGAACACCUCCUUAUUGGCAAGCUGAACAAAAGAAUAUUUUUGCUAUGAUUCGCCAGUUAGGUAUUCCCACAUUCUUUGCCUCGUUUUCUUCUGCAGACUUCAGAUGGAAAGAAAUCAUAGAAACAAUAUUGAAGCAACAAGGAGAUAUUCGUAAGUUUGAAGAACUUACUUGGGAUGAAAAGUGCAAAGUCCUUUGUAGUAAUCCUGUUACACCUGCACGAAUGUUUGAUCGUAGAUUUAAAAGAUUUCUAAAAGAUGUUAUAAUGUCAGAUGCUCAACCAAUUGGUCAUGUGAUAGACUACUUUUAUAGAGUUGAAUUUCAACAGAGAGGUUCUCCACACACGCACUGUUUGUUCUGGGUAGAAGAUGCCCCAAAAUUUAAUGAAGAUGAAGAUGAUAUUGUAACUGAGUUUGUUGACAAAUAUAUAACAUGUAAACUACCGCUGGAAACCGAGGACUCAGAGCUAAAAGACAUUGUCACAACUGUACAACAACAUAGCAAAACACAUUCAAAAAGUUGUAGAAAAAAGGGAACUGUGUGUCGUUUUAAUUUCCCAAGACCACCCUCUGAAAAAACAUUUAUAUCACGCCCACCUAAGGAUGAUGAAGAAGAAUGUAGUGUUGCUGAUGACACUGAUGAAGAUGUUGACGAUGAUGUUGUUGAAAAACCAAAAUCGGGAAUUAGUUCAUUAGAAGCUAAAAAGAUAUUAGAAUCUCUAUGGGCUGUAAUCAAAGACUGUGAAAAGGAAAAUUUAACUACUACGGAGUUAUUCAUAAGGGCAGGAGUAUCUCAGGAAGAUUUUCAAGAAUGCUUUAGGUCAGUUACAUAUAGAAAUACUGUGGUGUUAAAAAGAAACAAAAAUGAAAUGUUUAUCAAUCAGUACAACCCGCAUCUCCUGAAAGCAUGGGAUGCAAAUAUGGACAUACAAUACAUAUUAGAUGCUUAUUCUUGUGUUGUUUAUAUAAUAAGUUACAUCAGUAAAUCAGAACGUGAACUUGGAUUGUUGCUACAACAAACAAAAAAUGAGGCCGCUGAUGGAAAUUUGAAUGCACAACAAACAAUGAAACAAGUAGGUACUUCAUACUUUCACUUUCGAGAGCUGAGUGCCCAAGAAGCUGUUUUUAGAGUGAUCGGCUUAAGUUUGAAAGAAUGUUCAAGAAAAGUUGAAUUCAUUCCAGUUGGAGAAAAUCCAUGUAAAAUGAGUAUUCCUCUAAAAGAACUUUUAAUCAAAUCUAAAAGCGCAAAUACAAAAAAACCUUCAAAGGAAAUCGAUGAUGAUGAUGACAUUGACGACGGUGAUGAUAUCGAACUUUGGAUGAAAAGCAUUACUGAUAGAUAUAAAAGUCGACCAGAACUUGAAUUAUUUAAUCAGAUGUGUUUAGCUUCAUUUUGCUCCGAGUUUUCAGUUUUAGCAGAAACAAAGAUCCCAAAUAAAAUAAAUGAAGAUACCACAUUCAAACUUAAAAAUGAUAUGGGAUACAUCAGAAAGCGGACAAGAACCCAGCCUGCUAUUAUCAAAUAUGCACGAUUUUCCAUUGAAACAUCGCCUGAACAGUACUACCAAAGUAUUUUACAGUUAUAUUUACCUUACAGAUUAGAGGAACAGUUGAAACCGCCACAAUUUUUGACAUAUGAAUUGUUUUACAAAUCAGGAAUGGUCAGGUAUAAUCAGAAAGAGGUUCUUGUUAAAGUCGAACAAAUAGUUAAUACUAACAUGUCCAACUUUGUGAAAAGUGGCAAAGAGCUAGAAGCUGCAGAAAAAAAAUUGGAAGAAAAUGAUUACCAAGAAGAUGCGUGGGCAGACCUAUGUCCAGAAACAGAGAGUGAAAGACGUGAAUGCACUGAAGCAGCCAAAUCUUCAACUGUCAUAGAAGUCGACAGUCCUGAAUUUGGAAUACCAGAUUUAAAUAAAAGUAACAAGCCAGAAAUAGUUAGUGGAAAUGGGAUUAAAACUGGUUUACUAAGGUCGGAAGUUAUACCCUUGUUGAGAGGUUUAAACAUGAAACAAAGGCGUAUUUUCUAUAAGGUAAGAGAAUGGUGCAACCUAAAAGCCAAUGGUAAAAAUCCCCCUCCCUUUCACGUCUUUGUAACAGGCGGAGCUGGAACAGGAAAAAGCCAUCUGAUUAAAUGCUUACAUUAUGAAACCACAAGAAUUCUUGCUCGCUGCUCUCCUAGUCCAGACGAUUUGACAGUUUUAUUGACUGCACCAACUGGCACUGCAGCCUUCAAUAUAAAUGGAUUGACGAUUCACCAUGCUCUUUCUAUUUUCAAAACUCUUACUGUUGACAAAGCGAUGCUUGGUGAAGAUAAGCUGAACACUUUAAGGUCAAAAUUAGAAAAUUUACAAAUUUUAAUCAUAGACGAAGUCUCAAUGGUCAACAAGAGGUUGUUAUUUUUCAUUCAUGAACGGUUGCGUCAGAUCAAGAAAAGACCUGAAAAAGAUCCUUUUGGUGGGGUUUCAGUGAUAGCUGUUGGAGAUUUUUUUCAGUUACCACCAGUAAAAUGCCGAAAAACUGAUAAACUUUAUGUAGAUGAUCCAUCGAAUCCUUUGAACUAUCUGUGGAACGAUUUCUUCACUAUUGUAGAAUUAGAUGAAGUCAUGAGACAACGUGAAGAUGGUUUGUUUGCUCAGUUAUUGAAUAGACUUAGGAUAAAAGACAAAUAUUCUCCUAUAGAAUCCUCAGAUUUAAAAAUGUUAAAGCAGUGUAUAGGUAGUGGGACAGAUGAAGCUUUACACAUUUAUGCUACUAAUAAUGAGAUUAAUAUUCACAAUACUGAAAUGGUUAUGAAACUGUCCAGUGAACCUCAGUUAAUUGAAGCACAAGAUUUUGAAAAAAAUAAAGCUACAGGAAAACUAAGAAAGAAAACAGCAAAUUUUUCACAAACUGAUAUUUGUCUCCCAACUUCAAUUCUAUUAGCUGAAGGAGCCCGCGUAAUGCUGAAAAAGAAUGAAGCCGUCAAUGAUGGCUUGGUAAAUGGGGUAAUGGGCACUAUUGUCAGCAUUGCAGAAUUUUUAGAAGGGUCUUUGCCGAAUGUUAUUUUUAUCAAUUUUGACAAUGAGAGAGUAGGAAAAAACGCUAAGAUUCAAAAAACAAUAAAUGGGAAAAGAUGCGUUGGAUUGGAACCAUCUACAGAGGACAUACCAUUCAAAAAUGGAACGAGAAAACAGUUUCCUUUGCAGUUAGCAUGGGCAUGUACUGUUCAUAAAGUUCAGGGUUUGACAGUUUCACAAGCAGUUGUGGAUUUGAAUAAAUGCUUCACUUAUGGCCAGGCAUAUGUUGCAUUGAGUAGAGUUACUACAAAAGAAGGGCUUCAUAUAUUACCAAUUGAUGACAAAACACUUGGUAAAAAAAUAUACUGUGAUCCUGAUAUCAUAAAAGGCAUAAAAACAAUGAAACAUUAUCUGACUGAAAAUGUAGAAGCAUCAUCUGAAGAAACACUUGUAACUAUUGUUUAUCACAAUAUCCAAGGACUAAGAGCUCAUAAAAAUGAUUUAGUGGCUAAUUCAGACUGUACAGAUGCAGAUUAUGUCUGUCUGACUGAAACAUGGCUUGAAUCUUCCUCUGAUCAUGUUUAUCUUCCUAACUAUGAUUUUUAUCACCAUCCAAGAUCUGCAGCCUACACACCGACUAAUUCUGUGUUUAUGAAUUUGCAAGCUAUGGGCCACGGAGGAGUAGGAGUAUAUGUAAAAACAGAUUCUGAAUAUGAAAAUUGUAACAUUACCGUGGAAAAUCUAGAAUGUAUGACUUUCAGAAUUCCCACCAUGAAUGUCCUUGUGGCAACAAUAUAUAGAACUCAGAAGUAUCAAAUUGGAAUAUUUCUUAAAACAUUUAUUUCGUUUGUAAGCAAAUUGACUGAACUUUCAAACAAUAUCAUUGUUUUAGGUGACUUUAAUCAAGACAUAUUAAAGGGAGAAAGAUCCAUACUAGACUAUAUGACUUCAAAAGGAUUUCAACAGCUAGUAGAAGAGGCCACAACAGAAGGUGGUACAUUGAUUGAUCAUGUCUAUGUCAAAGGUUGCUCAAAAGUAGAAGUUAAAGGCAUUCCAACUUACUACAGUUAUCACGAUGCUAUUUCCAUAAUGCUUAAAGAUAGCCGAUAA